AUGGUUUCCAACAAGUGUUGUGUUCCUGGCUGUAGUAAAAGUGCUGCAUCUAAAUUUGGUGUUCCUGAAAACAUGAUGAAUGUUUGGGAAAAUAUUAUUGGGUGUCCUUUAAACAGGAAUUCAAGAGUUUGUGCAAACCACUUUAAACCUAGUGAUAUUACAUCAACAUGGGAGUCUGGUAAUGGUAGUAGCCAAAUCUCGUGUUGUGUUCCUGGCUGUAGUAAAAGUGCUGCAUCUAAAUUUGGUGUUUCUGAAAACAUGAUGAAUGUUUGGGAAAAUAUUAUUGGGUGUCCUUUAAACAGGAAUUCAAGAGUUUGUGCAAACCACUUUAAACCUAGUGAUAUUACAUCAACAUGGGAGUCUGGUAAUGGUAGUAGCCAAUCUCGAAAGCCACGAUUAAAAUCCGGAGUUAUACCAAUUAAUAAUUUAAGUGAUGAAGUGAAUAAAACAAUGACAAUGCUUAACGAACAUAAUUAUUUUAAAGUUAAUCUAAAUGAUGAGUUUGAACCACCACUUGCCAAACGAGCACGUAUUGAGUUAUCUGACAGUGUAAUUGAAUCAAUAUCUGAGGUAGUAAUUCAAGAUAAUAUAUUGAUAAAUGAUGAAAGUUCAAUUUCACUACCCAUGAAUUGGUUCUGUGAUGUUACUACUAAUAAUGGAUCUGUUAUAGCAAAAACUUAUUUUACUCUCAGUCCAUUUCAAAUAUACAAUAAAAGAAUUGUGGAAAAACGAUUAGUUAUAUUAAAAGAUUCAGAGCCAACACUUUACCUUAAUGAGAAACAAAUUAAGUUAUCACAGGUUGGAAUAAAUAAUUAUGAUGAAACAUUGAAUGUUGAAUACAUGCUAAAUAUACUUGCAAAAGUUAAUGUUUGUCGAGGUGUAAAAACUGACAAAAAUGUAAAAACUUCUUUUGGUUCUCAAUUUAUAGAAUUUAAUGGUCACUGGAGACAUGCAAAUUGCUUAAAUAUUAUAGAAGAUGGAGCCAGUAAAAGUGACUAUCAAAAAAAAGGCAUUUUACUAUUAGAUGAGGUAUAUUUGAGAUCAAGUAUAUCAGUCAACAGCCGUACUUUAAGUUAUUCAGGAUUGGAAGAUUUUGGUGGAGAACUUCCAAGUAGAGACACUGAAAAAGCAGAUCAUGGUUUGGUCUUUAUGUGGUCUAGUCUUGCAGAUAGUUUUACACAACCUAUUGCAGUUUUUGCCUCCAAAGGUCCUGUAAAAGGAAUGGAUUUGACCAAAUUAGUAGUGAAAGCAAUAAUGUUAUUAGAGAAUGCAGGAGCACAGGUUUUGGGACUAACUACUGAUGGGGCCAGUACAAAUAGGACCAUGUGGAAUAACUCAGGCAUUUCAGGAAAGAUAGGGAAUACAAAUAAUAGUUUUUGUAAUCCAUUUGAUGAAACUAGAAAAUUGGAUCCUUCCAAACCAUUUGUAAAAUGGGAACAUUUUUCUGAAGUGUACAGGCUUGAUGAAAAUAAACUAGGGAAAGUAUGUCCAAAAAUUACUAGGAAUCAUAUAUAUUUAACUAAUUUGUCAAAAAUAAAAGUUAAGUUUGCAACUCAGAUUCUUGAAAAUGCAAUGAAAUGGUUAGAUUCUUGGGAGUCAAAAGUUAUAGAUGGACUCAUAUCUUCAAAUGAAUUUUUAACUCAGCAAACAGCUGAUGGAUUGAGAGUAACAAUUAAAUCUAGCAUUGAACUUUCAAAAUAUCUGUUGGACAGUUGUAAUUUUUCAUUUGUAUUAACUGCUAAAAUGAAUCAGGAUAAACUGGAAAAAUUUUUUGGUAUAAUACGUCAAGUUUCUGGUCCUAACGACCACCCGUCUACACCAACAUUCUUACAAUUAUACAGAAUGUUGACUGUAUCUUCUCUAAUAAAACCACCUAAAAGUGGUAACUGUACAAUUGAUGAAGUUCAAAAACCGGUACUUGAUAUUUGCGACUUUAAAAAUCUUAUUUCAAAUGAAUCAUUGCGUGAAGAAAAAAUUAAAAACAUGAAGAGUAAAUUAGACCUGAUAAUUGAAGAUAAGAACUGGGACUGUGAAGACAUAUUUUUAGAGCACGAUUAUACAAAAAGUUCAGUUUUUGAAUGUGUGGUUUACUAUUUAGGAGGGUAUUUAGCUAGACGACUGUGCAAAAAAUCCAAGUGUGAAGUAUGUAUAAAAAAUUUAAAGAAUGAUGGUAACUUAGGUAUGGAAUCAGAGUUGGUAAAUUUAAAAAGCAAAGGAUUUUUAACUCAUCCUAGUGGUAACUUAUAUAAAAUAUUAAAAGUAUUGGAAACUUGCUUUUGUAAACAUGCAAGUGCUGGUGAUGUCUUUGAAAAUACUUACAAUGAAUUUUUUCUUCAUGUGACAAGCUUGACAUUUUCAUGUUCUAUUCAUAAAUAUGAAAUGAUUACAGAUAUCUUCACCAUAUAUAUAACAAUGCGUAUGAGGCAAUUUACAUACAUUGAAAAUCAAAAAUUAAAUAAAAUUAAUAGAGCCAAAAAGAAACUUUCAAAACUUGUAUCCAGUUAG